AGUAACAAAUAAGCAUCUAAAGUGAACGUAUAGAAAACAAUUUUUCAUCAAAAACUUUUAAAAUUUCACGAACUUACUUAUAAACUUGAUUUAUAACUUGGCUAUUAACAACCAUCUUCUAUCAAUAUUUCAAAAUACUCCCCUAGAGUUUGUGAGGAAAUUCAUGGGUGGCCCAGAAGCCACCCUGUGAUUGUGGCGCUGGCGCAAAAUCAGUAUUGUUUCGCGGUCAUGAGUGUAGCCUUCCCCAAAAGCAGCGUUACUACCAUUCUGCAUUAUUGAAUGUGUGCAGUGGAGUAUCAAAAGGAGAUGCAAUACGUGUAUUUGGUGAAAGGCCACAGAAGAACAAUUGUGUCUCCCAGAAGCAAGUUAAAUGCACUUUUUAGUCAUAGACACUGAACUGAGUGAUUCUGUUGGGCAAAAUCUCUGCCAUGUUGUUGAGAAGUGUUUAAGGAAAGAGUGUUCUGUGGACAAACUUAUAUAAUAUUGAGAGAAAAAAUAAUGGUGUCCUCAUAUGAGGUCUCCUCCGAGGGAACCUGAUAGUUGUACAUAUCGCUGUAGGAAGUGAGUGGAUACAAAAAAAUUUUUUUUUGUGGACAUUCUCUACUUGAGAAAAUAUCUCGCAAAUAGCGAAUGAAAAAGUAUAAAGUGUUCAUGGGAAAAGCUUCUUAAAAAUCCUGAAUUUAUUGGAAGGGAGAGAGAAAGAGAGAUUAAUCACAUAUCCGACGAAAUUUAAAAGAAUGGAUUUUUAUGUAGGAAGAUAAAUGAAUUUACUAGUGAUUAUUAUGAUAAAUUAGUAAGGUUUUAGUCCACAAUGAUAUCCAGUAUUGUGAGUGUGUUGCGAAAAGGUGGGAUUUAAACGGGGGGUAUAACGUGAAAUUUUCACAAUUGGUGGAAAAGUGUUUGGUGAAAAAGCAAAAUGGCGGUUGACCGCAACGGCAUCAGUAUCGACUAUUGCAGAAAUUGUACAGAGAAGAGGAAGAAAAAUUCUCCAUGGUACACAUGGGGUCACUUUAAAGUGCAAAUUUCACAGUCCAUCAUGGGCUUUAAACCACAGAAAAUGGGCAUCAUACAGCUAAUGUACAUGACAAUUUUCUACAUGACCUUUUGUAUCUGCUGGGCCCCUGUAUGCUGUGGAUUCCUCCUCGAUGGAUCACAAACAUCCUUUGCCCAAUUCCGCAAAUGGUUCACAGGACUCAAUGGAUCAUUGGAGUUGGAAUUUAAGACAGAACAGCCAAAUGGGUUGGUCCUCUAUACAGAUGAUGGGGGAACAUAUGACUUUUUCGAGUUGAAACUCGUCGAGGGAGCUCUAAGAUUACGCUACAAUCUCGGUGGUGGUGCUCAAAUAAUCACUGUGGGACGUGAUUUACAUGAUGGACACUGGCAUAAAGUGCAAGUUUUGCGCAAUGAUGAACAUUCAACACUUACAGUUGAUGGUGUAUCACAGACACGUUCGUCCCGUGGAAAAGAAUUUCAAUUUGGAAAAUUUGCCACAAAUUCUGACGUUUUCGUCGGAGGAAUGCCCAAUUGGUACAAUUCGAAAUUGACCCUUUUGGCAUUGCCUAGUGUAAUAUUUGAACCUCGGUUCAGAGGUUCAAUACGGAACUUGGUAUAUGCCGAUCAACCAGGUGUUCCUCCACGUCGACAAGAAAUGCGUCAACCACGCGACAUUAAGUGUGGUGAUGCUCCUUGUGACGUUAACGAGUUGCCGAAAGAGAAAGUGACACGGGGCCUUCGGAAUGUAACAGAUGCUUGCGAACGACACGAUCCUUGCCAGCAUGGUGGCAUAUGUAUAUCGACAGAUUCUGGGCCAUUGUGUGAAUGCAGGAAUUUGGAAUAUGAAGGAAUGUAUUGCGAAAGAGAUAAAGCCCCAUCAGAAGCUACUUUCCGUGGUACAGAAUUUCUCUCCUAUGACCUGGGACAGACAGGUGGAGAACCCAUUGUUAGUGCUCAAGAUGCCAUUUCGCUGUACUUCAGAACAAGACAGCCAAAUGGAUUGCUCUUCUAUACGGGGCAUGGUACAGAUUAUCUCAACCUAGCUCUACGUGAUGGUGGAGUGUCUCUGACUAUGGGUCUUGCCAAUGGCAAACAAGAGAUGCAUAUCAAACCCUCGAGGGUUAGAUUUGAUGACCAUCAGUGGCACAAAGUCACUGUUCAUCGGCGAAUUCAGGAAAUUUCCUCCAUCACUAGUUUCUGCCGGCUGGUAGCUGUGGUGGAUGAUGUUUACACUGAUCACUCCCAUAUUGCUGGGAAAUUCACAAUGUUGUCCUCCUCGAGAGUUUACGUGGGUGGAGCUGUUAACCCAAGAGCACUGCAGGGUGCCCGUGUGCACAACAACUUCGUGGGGUGCUUGCGGAAGGUGGAGUUCUCAGCAGACACUCUUCGACUCAAUCUUAUCGAUUUAGCUCGUACUGGCUCCAAAUUGAUACAAGUCGCCGGAAGAGUUGACUACAUGUGUCCUUCCGGAGAUCCCCAAGACCCCGUGACUUUUACCACUCGUUCGUCACAUUUGACACUUCCAACCUGGGAGGCUUUCAAGCAGGGACAAAUUUCCUUUAAAUUCCGAACAAAUGAACCCAACGGAUUAAUUGUAAUGAACAUUGGAACUCGACCACCUAAGUCGGAUACGUUUGCUGUGGAGCUCCUCAAUGGCCACAUCUACGUUCAUGUGGAUUUGGGUUCAGGUGCUGUCAAGGUGCGAGCCUCUCGACGUCGUGUUGAUGACGGUGUUUGGCAUGAGUUGGUGGUACGACGGAGUGGCCGGGAGGGAAAAGUGUCAGUAGAUAACUUGUGGAAUGAAUUUCGCACUCCGGGUGAUUCCACCCAGCUCGAAUUGGACAGCCCACUCUAUAUAGGUGGUACGGGGCCAGCAUAUGCCAGCAUUAACUGGCCACCGGCUGUGUGGACAGCCACCCUGCGACAGGGAUAUGUUGGUUGCCUGCGAGAUUUGAUUCUCAAUGGUAAAGCCAUUGAUAUUGCAGCUUAUGCACGGCAACAAGAUUCGGCAGCUGUUAAACCCAGUUGCCAUGUUGUGGCCAGUCAAUGUGGUGGGUCAGUAUCUCCCUGCCAGAAUGGUGGAUCCUGCUCUGAGGGAUGGAACAGACCCCUGUGUGAUUGCUCCGCAACACUUUACACUGGUCCAACUUGUGGUCGAGAAUCUGCUACUCUGGCAUUCAAUGGAUCUCAACACAUGACAAUUUGGCCAAGAGGUACUCAAGGUACACGUACUCAAACAGAAGAACUCAUCCUACGCUUCAAGACAGCCCGCCCAGUGGGUCUUCUUCUGCUCACUAGUGCAGAAUCAAAUUCUCCGGAUCGUCUGGAGUUAGCUCUUGUAGCUGGACGUGUGAGGGCAAGUGUAAGAUUGGGUGACCGUGAGAAGAAUCUAUUAGCAGGACAGGGUGUGCUCAAUGAUAACAAUUGGCACACCGUGAGAUUCUCAAGGAGGGCCUCCAAUCUUCGUCUUCAAGUUGACGGGGCUGCCCCCGUCAGGGCUGAAACAAUUCUUGGUAGACACAGUACAAUGGAGAUACGUUCAAUCCAUUUGGGUGGACUAUUUCAUGCUGAAGAAGAAAUUCAAAUGACCUCCAUGAUGCCACAUUUUGUUGGACAAAUUCAGGGUUUUGUCUACAAUGGGAAUAGGUACAUUGAUAUGCUGUGGAGUUUGGGUACGGAAGUAACAGCUCUGCCUUCGGUGUCAUUUAAAUUGACGGCACGUUUUGUGAAUUCACCACCUGGAAAUCCCUAUCAUGCUGCCACAUUUCGCUCCAAGCACUCCUAUGUGGGUUUACCCAUGCUGAAAGCGUACUCCGAUGUCCUUAUUGAUUUUCGCUUCAAAACACUCGAGGCCAAUGGCUUGCUCUUCUACAAUGGUGGUCGCCGGAGUGAUUUUAUUGCCCUGGAGUUGGUUAAUGGUCACAUUCAUUACAUCUUCAACAUGGGCGAUGGUGCUGUGACCAUAAGAGACAAGAGUCGUCUGCACAUGAAUGACAAUCGAUGGCAUUCGGUCAGUGUCCGUAGACCUGGCCCCAAAACCCAUUCACUAAUUGUGGAUGAUGCCAUUGAGGUGCGUGCAGUGCCGGGAAAUAAUAUGCAUUUGGAACUUGAGGGAAUUCUCUAUGUGGGAGGUGUUUUUAAAGAUAUGUAUGCCAAACUUCCACCUAGCAUAACAUCCCGGAUGGGCUUUGAGGGAUGCAUGGCAUCUCUGGAUCUCGCAGAUACAUCUCCCAGUCUCCUGGAUGAUGCUGUGGUGCCCAGCUCUCUGGUUGUUAAUGGUUGCGAAGGACCCACAAAAUGCAGCCAAAAUGCCUGUGCAAAUAGGGGCACAUGUGUUCAGCAAUGGAAUGCCUAUGCCUGUGAAUGUGACAUGACAUCCUUCACAGGACCCACGUGCUAUGAUGAAUCUGUGGCAUAUGAAUUUGGUCAUAGCCGCGGUGGCAUCAUCCACUAUACCUUUCCACCAGGAAAUCAACCAGAUACGGAAGAGGACCAAAUAGCACUGGGAAUAAUCACGAUGCGGUCAGAUGCCGUGCUACUGCGCAUUGAGAGUUCUACCACCCCCGAUUACAUGGAGCUGGAGAUUGUGGAGGGAAAUGUGUUUAUGGUGUACAAUAUUGGAUCACAUGAUUUGCCAUUGGGUGAAAUUGGUGUGAAAGUCAAUGAUAACAAUUACCACGUGAUAAGAUUCUCUCGGUCGGGCGUCAAUGCAACACUCCAGCUUGAUGACUACAACGUGCAGAUCCUAUAUCCACAAGGUCAUCACGCAACCACCUUCAACUCAAUGUCAAAUAUUCAGGUGGGCGGAAAAAUAAACCGCAACGGCAGAUCACGAAUAGAGCGUCCUUUUGCUGGAGUCAUUGCCGGCUUGUCGAUAAAUCGCCUUCGCGUGCUGGACUUGGCGGCCGAGAGAGAUCCACAUGUGAACAUUCGUGGCGACGUGCAAUUGGUAACGGGUGUAUUAGAUAGAAAUGAUCUGCAGCAAAGAAUGCAGCAGACUCCGGCAAGUGGAUUCCCUGGUGUGGGGGAUGAUAUAAUAUAUUCUGGAGCCGGUUCGGGUUGUCGUGGUGAUGACGAAGAUGAAUGUACACCUCCGUUUGAUGCAGGAUCGGGAGACGAUUUAAUAACACCGGUCUAUGUUCCAUCCACCAAGCUGCCACCAUCAUCCACCAAAGGCUCAAAAUCGAGCAAAACGGAUGGAACAUCGCCGGAACGAACGUGCGACGAUGAAGACUGCAUCCAUGGCUCAGGUUUUGGGGAGACCACUGAAUCUCUCGGUGGCAGUACAACCAUUAAAUCGACAGAACAAGGUCCAGAUGGUACAUCUGGGCAAAUGGAGACAACUCCAUCAGAAACUCAUAAGAUUACUUCUGCAUCGGAAACGAUGAAGGAGACAGAUUCUACAACUGGUGGUGUAUCUGGUGGAACAACUGUGUCUGUGGGAGUAAGUUCGUCUGGAGAUGGAAGUACUUCGACACUGGGCAGUAGCAGUUCAGUGGGAAGUUCAUCUACAGUCAGUGAGACAAGUAGCUCAACGGGUUCUACAAGUACAUCCACGAGCACUAGCACAAGUACCACCAGCAGCAGCAGCAGCACAUCCAUCCUUACCACUCAGGGCCUGGACACUUCGGCGGCUGAGCAUGAGUCCACGUGGGGACAUGAACCGGUGGAGACAACAAGGGACAUUGAGGAGAGUACUCCGCCCUAUCAAGAUCCACAUCCGCCGCCCUAUAUCAACAAUAAUAUUCCCACACUAAGGCCCAAGCACAAAGGGGGCCGUAUCAACUCGGAGGCCGAGGAGCGCACGGCCAUGAUCAUCGGGAUUGUGGCAGGAGCCCUCAUAGCUGUGAUCCUCGUUAUACUACUAGUCUUAUGGUUCAAGUCGAAUGGUGAUCGACCCUACAAGGCGGAAGUGGACAAGAGUGGUGCCUUCGGGCAGGGCCCCAAUGCUGCUCUACUGGGUGGCGGAGUCGCUAGCAAUGCUCACCAUCAACAUCCCGCCCAUCAUUCUGUGCAGCAAAUGCAUCAUCCCAUCAAUGGCUCCAAUCUCUCCUACAACGGAUCCCUGCGCAAUGGGCAUGAUAAGGCUAACUACAUGGCCUCCGUGGCGAAACCCAAGAAGCGCGACUCCAAAGACAUCAAGGAGUGGUACGUGUAAACUCAACAGAGAUGGCGAGAAACAUCACGAGACAUGUAAGUUAAGACGACCUACAAUAAAAAAAAACUCUAAUACUCUUAAGGUGAUUUAUUUAGCAGUUACCUUUUUGAUUGAAGGUGUAACAAUAUCAUUUUUACGGAUAUUUUAUAUUGUAGACAGUGGUAGAUUUUAUAUAGUUUUAAAGACUGAGAGAGCAAAUGAAAGUUAAUGAAACUUUUCAAAACUCUUUCAGUCACUAUUAUUGAUACAGGUGAUGGUGAUACAUUUUUGCAAUAAUCAUGAAUCAUUUUUGUUUGCAGACAGAAAAUAAAUUGGAUAAACUGUAAUAAAUUGUUCAAAUAUAUUUUUAGCAAAAUUAUCUCAUUUUCAUAAACGAAUUUACUGAUUUUUCUCAUAUUUCAAUAUUUAAGUUUCUCCUGAGACUUCGUAUAAGAAAGAAACUUUAAAAGAGACAUUUAGGUUAAGUGUGCCAAAUUUCGGCAUAGUUGCAUUCAAGCGCCAAAGUCUCAAAUUUGAAAUGUAAUAUUUUUAAUACAAAUUGAUUUUUUUUAUUCCUUUUUCUUAAGGAGUGUUGCUUGGAAACUUGUUAACAAUUUAUUGUCUCUAUUUUCUCUAAAAUCAUUCUUAGUAGAUUUUAAAAUGAAUAAAAAUAUAAACACGGCUUUGGUCCCCUAUUUCGGCCACCUUUAUUCUCAUAGUUCCUUGCCCUUCGGGAUUUCUUCCAAUGUCUGUUUCACGUCAUCUCAUUUGUCGAAAUUAUAUAUUCGGUUUUUCUUUUGCAUUGUAUAAUCUCUAGAGGAUAUAAAAACUAAAACUUCAUGGAAAUUCGAGUAAUAAUAAAGGUGGCCGGAAUUGCAAGUUGGCCGGAAUUUGGCACACUUACCCUAAUUCUGUUUUUAGACUGCGACAAUAUCUAAAAUCAGUCAAUUGAAACUGAUAAAUGAAUAAUUAUAGUAAACACGAGUUUAACUUUUCAUCAGUCAAAAUAGUGGUUUUAAUUUUAAUUAGUAGUAAUUACUCAGUCAAAAUAAUUACAUUAAUUUAUUUAUACAUUGGAUAUAAAAUAUAUUUGAUUUGUCAUUAACACGUUUACACUUCAUACAUACAUCUACAAUUAAAAUCAUAAAUAGAAAAGCAUGCAGAUUUAUUAAAAUGCAAAAUAUCAAACGAUUUUCAGACAAUAAAUUGGAAAUAAUUAACAGAAAGCCUAACAUUAUCAAAUCCGAAGGGUUUUUUGGCACUACACUUUUUACUGUUUUUUUUUCUAUUUAGAGAAUUUAGAAAGGAGUGGGAAAAAGGAGAAAACUGAGAUUGUAAAUAAUCUCAACUAAAACGCCUCUAAAUAAUGUUCUUAAGGGGAGGGGGUCAGCGAAGGCCGCAAGUUGUUAUCUCUAACUGUUUGAGCUCUAGCCAAGUAACAAGUCGCAAAAAGGCUUAUAGCUACAGACAGUAAUUUUCUUCUAUUUCCCUGAGUUUGAGCAAUAAAAUUUAUACAGUUAUUUAAAUCAUGUAAUUUUCCAUUAAAAAAUAACAAAAAAGCGACGAGCCUAUUCUAAUUUUGAAUUUUUUGAAUUUUUCUUAUUUUGUUGAGCAAAAAAUAUUAUUAUUUGUCAUUCAUACAUUUUAUGGCCAGCGCACAAUAACUUUUCUUUGUAAAUAUGUUUUCAAAAUUUCUCAUAAGAAUGAGCGAGAUGGCAAGAUCUAAAUCUCACUCACUCUCAUUAAAAUGUCAAAAAUAUGUUUACAAAACAAAAGUUAUUGUGCGUUGGGCAUUAGAAUCUACACGACGUGUGUUCAAAAAGGAAGGUGUCUUUUUUUAUUUUUCUCUAAAAAUAUUUAUUUAAUCAUCAAAUUCUAUUUUGUUCCGUUCAAAGUAAUCCUUCUCAGAUAAUACACUUGUAUUUGAGUUUUUACCUAUAUUCACGAAGUCCUUAUAUGCGCUUUUUGAUAUGUCUCUGAACUCUUCCAGCGAUAUGGUAUUUAUCUCUUCAAUCGUGCGAAAACGCCAUUUUUCCCCGGGUGCUUUUAGUUCUAGGAGCAAGAAAAGUCCCUGGAGGGCAAUUCCGGUAAAACCAUGGUGGAGGCAUAAUUACGGUGCUGUUUUGAGAAAAAAAAUCACAAAAAAUGACUGCGAAAGCGCACUUUUGUAGCAAACGCCGUUACCGCAUGUUUCAUGCCCAAAAUAUCCAAAAGAAUUGCAUGAAAUGAGCCAACCGAUAUACUAAUAAUCUCAAAAAUAUCUUUAAUAUUUUUGCCAAAUAGCUUUGCAUAAUAAUUUUCCUUAAUGUUUCAAUGUUUUAAUCUGCUUUAGGCGUCCAAAACCGAGUAUUGUCUUUAAUAAAUAUUUGUGUUCUAUGCCUUUUGUGAAGAGCCUAUGACAUUUUUUUUUUAAAUUCUAUUUUUUCUCAAAAUAGGCUCACCAAAUGCUAUACUUGACAUUUUAAGUGCAUUUGAGUGUUUGAAUUUAUUUUUUUCACACAAAUUUUAAUACAGAUUCUAUUGGCAAAAAAUAGCCAAGAACUCUAAAAGAGAUCCAACGUUUAAUGUCCGUGAAAACUAAACUAAAAAUGCGAAAUCGCUGGUCAUGUCAACAUAAGUUCGGGAUAUUUGUGCCAACAAAACAAAAACGAAAAAUCGAGAAAGGAAAAUACGUAUAGCUCUCAAAUUUUGAAAAUUCACCUUACUUUUUGAACUUAGGGUAAAUGUCCUAAUUCAAAACCGUUUCCAGACGCUUUAACUUUGACAGAAGAUUCAACACAUUAAGUUCAUAUUUUUUCUUAAGGGAAUUACAUAAAUUUGCUCCUUGAAUCUUAUAGAAUGUUACUGUUUAGUGAAAAUUCUUUAUAUAUAAUUUGAAAACUUCUUAAAUACAAGAAAAAUACGUGAGCGUAAAAUGCUGCUAUUGGAAACAAAUUAAUCCAAAUGGAGACAAGGGAAAGUUUCUAAUUGGAGACAAAUAGUGUAAGUGAAACCACGACGAAAGGCUUCCAAAAGCUUGAUGAGUUGCUCUUGAGUGCAGGAUUUGUUCUUAUUCCUGGUCUUUUGUCCUUUCCCAUCUUAAAUAAAAAGAAAAUGUCUCCAAAAAAUCAUAUUUUCGGGGUUUCCUAUUGAAGCAUUUGCAGACACUUCAGGAAAACCCCUUUUGUUCACGAAAUAGGUAAUUAUUUAAUUUGAAAACUUCACGUACCGUUAACAAUAAAGAUUAGCACUUAAUUCAACUAAAAUUAGCCAGAAAUAUGACAUAAAUGUUAAACAAAACGAAUAAACAACAGUCAAUUUAUUGUGUUUUUCAUUGGAAAACAUGGUCGAUCGAUGAAGAAUUUGAUGGUGAAAAGGUACACUUUUAAUUUUUCUGAAAAAUUAACAAAUUAAAAUUUCUAAAUAAAUAUGAAUGGAUUUUCGUUUUAUUUGCAGCAAAAUUAACUAAAUAAUAAAACUGUGGUAUAGAAAAUAUAUUAACAUAGUAAUUUAGUACUGUAUUUACCAUGAAAACAGUGAUGUUUCCUUUUGGAGUAGCGAAAAAUUUCCAUUUGGAGCAGGUUUUGAAUUAGCUUAAUUUACCCUACCUCGUAAUAACAUGAAUCGAAAAUUUAUAAAAUAUUUAAUUCCAUAAAAUAUUAAAGUCUAAUUGCAUCCUCUAAUUGACUAAGCUUUGAAUAAAAAUUAUAAAAUUAAAUCUUUUAUCUGAAAAAGCGUAAUGAAUUAAAGCAAAUUCUCUCUGAAAUAACAGCCAUAUUAACAUACUUUUCCGACUUUCCAGAAAAAUACUUCCAAAAAGGAACUAAAUUUAUGGAAGAGUAAUAGGUUCAAGCGCAUUACAAUCAAGAAAGAAUAUUCAGUCAGAUAAAUAAUUAUAAUUUUUUCUUAAGUGAACUUUUUUUUAUAUCAUAGCCUAGUUCAAAAGCUUUUUAAAAACCUGUACAAUACACUUACACUGUUUGGUUAAUUUAAAACUUAUUUAUCAAAUCAAAAAGCAUUAAAGUUUAUAUCAAACUACAAAAUACUUUAUUUAUGAAGAAAGCAUUUGUUAUACAAAUUAAUUAAAAAAAUAAAAUUAAUUGUUUGUAGCCGUACAAAAUUUUCUUCAUAAUACAACGGAUAACAAAAUUCAUUCAUUAAGACGCCUUAUUUGAAAAGAAAAUAAACCAAUUAACCGGCGAAAUUUUAUUUAUUUAUUUUUUUAAAUAGAAACUCCUUUCUGAAAGCUUGUUUUGAGGUUUUUGUGUUCUAAGUUCACAAAAUUCUCUAUGUUUAUUGCCGCAACUUUGAUGCAAAAUGUGAUCACCAUCUCCAUCAGAACUUUAUCAAUAGUUAAGUUAACAUGAAGGUUAGUUAUUGAGUCGUUUAUAAUUAUAAAAUCCCACCAUUGUCAUGUUGCAUUUCAUUUAUCUACCAAAGCAAAGAAAAAACAUUCCUGAUCUAUGAAGACACAUUAACUUUUUGAAAAGUAAUAUUAAAAAAAAGAAAAAUUAACUCAAAUACUCAAAAAACUAAAUGCAUAGAUUCCCAAAAAAAAUAGGUGGACACCUCAGUGAAUUGUGUAUAGCAAACAAAAAAAAAGAAUAAAAAACCAAAAUUUAGGAUUAACGUUUUUUCUUAUAAAACAUCUGUUAAGUUAAUUUUUGUUGUAAUGUUAUAAAAUUUAGCAACGGAGCAAAUUGCAGUGAAUGUAUAAAUUAGAGAAUGAUGAAAGAUUAAAGAAAAUGAAUCCGAUUAUUUAGGAAAAAAAAAACAAGAAAUAAAUUGCCAUAAAGAUACAAUAAAAAAAUGAUAACUUUAAUUAAUCUUAAAGAAAAACGAAAAAAACGAUAUGGUCUUGUGUAUAUGAGAAUGGAAAAUUAAGAAAAAAAAACACCAAAUAACUAAUUUGUUAAGUUACAUUGCUAUCUAAAUACUAAAUAAAUUUGAAUUUAAACUAUUACAAAAUUUACAAUAAUACUAAUUGAUAUAGUUAUUGAAGAAGAAAAAAACAACUAUAUUAGAAUAAUGAUGAAAUACUGGCAAGAUUGUAGGAUUUGUGGUUGUUAAUUUUCCUGAUUCCCAAAUAUUUUUUUUAUACCAUUUUUGUUGUUUCUAUUGCAUGAUGCAAAGGGUCAAAAAAAAGCACAAUUUUAAAGUGGAUUAGCUAAAAGAAAAUUGAAAAAUGAAUUUAGAAGAAAAACGCUCAAAAAAUGUAGGCAAAAAAGUUAUUCCUUUCCCUAAAAAAAAGAAAGAAAGAGCACGUGGUCAUUAAUUUGUUAUAAUUUUGUUAUUAAUUCAAAGAAUGCUAUUGCCAAAAUUAACAACUCUAGGACAUCGAGAGGUAAAUGCUUAAAUUUUAAUGAAAAGACAAUAUUGAGUUAAAAAUUGUGAGUUGUUUUAUUUAGAAAUGGAGUAAAAGUAGAUACCUUUCACAUGUAUAUUUCUCAUUAUUCAUAAUAUUUUAAUUAACUCAAACUGCCUGUUUUAUUUUCUGAGUUUAAACAAUCCGAAAUAACAGCAAAUGAUAUUGUUGAUAAUGUACAUUAAAUAAUUAAAUUUUGGAACAGACAUAAAA